AUGGCAGACCAUCAUAGUAGUAUGGUGAGUUCACUAUUAAUGGUGAUAUUACUGGCAACUAUGGCUUUAACCACCAAAUCACAACCUCAAUCGGCCAUGCCGCCAGCGCCAGCCCCAGAAUUGCCACCUGCUAAGGUGUUUAGUCUGGUUUUACUUUUUCAAAAUAUUUUUCAAACAGGUUUACCACCAACUCCAAAGACACCGCCUCCUCCAUCAACUCCAACCACGGUGCCCCCUCCAAGGCCGGUGUCACCUCUACCGCGAACACCUGUGAUCAUUCCCAAUCCACCACGUCCACCUUCAGACGAUGACUCCGUUCCUCCACCUUUAGGGGUGGCAGAACCACCAUCAGAACCUAUGCCUGCUGACAAUCCACAACCAGCUCCGCGCUUGCCUGAACCACCCACAGAUGGUUCCCAACCUUUACCACCAUUAGGAGCAGUCAAUUCCCCACUGGAACCUAAGACUGCUUUCGAUCCAUCUCCUAUGUUUAAUCCUCCUACAACACCACCUGAAACCUCAGAUACUGAUGUUCAACCACCAACAGAUGACGACGUUCAACCACCACCAACAGAAGAAUAG